AUGAUACCGGUAGACGAGGCACUGUACAAAUCGUGUUAUUGUGAGGAGAAUGUGUACAAAUUGUGUGAAAACUGGCCGUUGAAUCGAGAGAACUUUUGGGCGGUUCUCAUUUCGAAUGAAAUCAAAUGUGUUCCGUUGUGGAGGCAGAAAUCGUCGAGAAAAGAGGGUGGUUACUGUCUCUGGGACUACCACGUCAUCGGAAUUCAGAAGAAUCCGGAGACAUCGAAAGUGUUCGAUUUGGAUUCGACACUCGAGUGGGGUGUCGACUUUUCGACGUAUUGGAGAGAGACAAUGAAUUUGGAGGAGAGUUCACUGUAUCCGGAGAGAUAUCAAAGAAAAUUCCGUGUAAUCCCCGCCCCUUUGUACCUGACACUCUUCUCAUCGGACCGUUCCCAUAUGCUUGACGCCAAUGGGAAAUAUCUGCAUGAGCCGCCCGAGUGGCCGCCCAUUUUCAAUUUGAUUCCGACGAAUUUGAUGGAUUUAUUGGAUAUGAGCAAGAAAAUCGAUAAUUGUCAAGUGAUGGAUGAACAAUCAUUUUUCGCGUUUUUUGCAUAA